AUGGCCAGUGCGGAGACUGCGCGGCGCACGUUUGAAGUGCUGAACGACGUAAUAUCGUUGGACGACGAGGCGCGCGAAAUCUAUGAGUACGACCCCCAAGCAUACCAGGACAUGCUGCGGCAUGCGCCAUGGCGCAGCGACGCGACGUUUUUUCGGCGUGUGCGUAUUUCCGUCGUCGCGCUCAUGAAAAUGGUCCUGCAUGCGCGUGCAGGCGGAAACCUGGAAGUGAUGGGUCUCAUGCAAGGCGCCGUACGGCCAGAGUCGCAUUCCUUCUACAUAAUGGAUGCAUUUGCACUGCCCGUACACGGCACGGAAACGCGAGUCAAUGCACAAAACGAGGCGUACGAGUACAUGGUAUCCUACAUGGAGGGGUGUAACCGAGUAUCCCUGCCGCAGAACGCCGUCGGAUGGUACCAUUCACACCCCGGCUACCGCUGCUGGCUUUCGGGAAUUGAUGUACAGACGCAGGAGACGAAUCAGCAGCAGGAUCCAUUUGUCGCGGUAGUCAUCGACCCCCGCCAUACCAUGACCAUGGGCCGCGUCGACAUCGGCGCAUUCCGCACAUAUCCACGCGACUACCGGGCAGAGCACGGCAGCAAUGCGGAGCGCACAAGUCUCCCGGCCGGCAAGGUGGCCGACUACGGCGCGCAUGCAGACAAGUAUUAUGCGCUGGACGUGCAGCUCUUUACGACAAAAGCCAUGCGCCCUGUAUUUGAGCUGCUCUGGAACGAGUACUGGGCGUCGACGCUGGAAACCAGCCCGUCGCUGCUGCAGCGGUCGCUUGACGUGCAGCAGACGGCGAUGCUGGUCGAGCGUUUGCGCGCGUCGGCAGCUGGGAUUGCAGGCGCUGGCAUGCUUCCUGGCAGCAGCCAGUUUGCACACACGGCGCGCAAUGCACCGAGCGCGCAAGGCAGCGAGGUAGAGCAGCUUGUGGAGAAACUGCAGCGCCGCAGGCUGAAGCAGCCGCUUGCGCAGAUUGCACAGGACGCCGACCAGCAAGCGGCCAAUGCACGGCACGAAUGCCUGCGUGAGGUGGUCAAAAGUGCGCUUUUCGGCACCGCCAAGCCAGCAUGGCCCCAAGGGACGUAG